CGGUGGCGGUUUCAGUGAGUUUGGCGAUAUGGGUAUAUGCCCCCGGGAGAGAGCAUGGGUCUGGGCCAAGGGGAGAGCGAGUCCCGUGGGGACAUCAGUGUGGGUAUGCAGGACUUACUGGGACAGAUCGGCUUCGCGGACCCGAGUAGUUUCUCCCCUGCCAUGCGCACAGAGGUGAUGUUGGGGGCAGAGGGGGAUGAGGACAAGACACCCCUUGGAGAGACAUCUGCAGAGAGGCUGGAUAGGCUUGAUAGUCGUCGAGCGUGCCUCAUGGCACAGAGGGACCCCAGGACGCAGGAGCUCGCCCGUCUUGCGGACGAGGACCGACAGAGGCAGCUGGGGACAUAUACGCUGGCGUCUGUUGACGUGGGGCCAGAUGCCCACACGGAUACUCCGGCAGAGGUUCAUGACACGACGCAGCGGGAGGCGGCUUCGGCAAAGGUUUCGAGUACCGGAGUAGAUGUUCAGCAGGGGAUGCACGAGAGCGGGUUCGCACUGACAGAGGAGCCACGUUCGGAACCGGCGCAGCCUUCUGCCGUGCAGCUGAGGCCAGAGGAGACAUUGCAAGAGGUCGUGGGCGUGCCUCUGCCCGCGGGUUCAGUUGAGGGCGCCGUGCAUAUGUCCCCGGGGCUGGAGGACAUACAGACGGGGCAGUCAGUGGGCGUUGAUGAUAUUCGCCCAUCGGCACAGGCGGAGGGGAUAGCGCCGACCACCGGGGGGGACGGGGCCGUAGCGGGGGCCGUUGGUGUUGGCGGGUCGGGGGUGCCGUCCGCGGCCGAUUCGAUGUCCGCGUCCGGCGGGGGAGACCCCACACAGGUGGACAGGCGUGAUGCGGACGGACAGGAGAUGCCACAGACUUUGGUGGUUCGCACUACUGUGGGGCCAGUGGUGCCACACCAGGCACUGUUUUGGAGGGUUAUAGGCGUCCUGCACAUGGCGGUGGCCCGGUCGAGGAGCGACGUCCUCCCUUUUGAGAUUGACCAGCGCAUUUUGAGGUCAAUCCCGGAGGAGGGGAAGCUGCCUCACGUGCAGGACUUAUCUUGGGGGCCAGCCAGCCCCAGCUUACCUUCUGGGUGUUCCAUCGCACUGCCAUCUGGCGAGGGUGCCGAGGGCUUACCUUCUGGAGGUUCCGUUGCAGCGGCAUCGGGCGGAGCCGCAGGGGACUUACCUUCUGGAGGUUCGGUCGCAGCGCCAUCUGGAGGCGCCGCAGGCCCUUCGUCACCCUUGAGCGCAGCUCCGAGGGAGGGCGGCAGCCUCACCCCAAGGUCGGUCGCCCGUAGACGGAGAGACACUACCCAGCGUGCGCAGGAGUUGCUGGACACCAUGUUGUCCGAUCGCACAGACCGACCAUGGAGUGAGACGAGACGGGUGACGACAGCGAGUGCCGGUCGCCAGCCAGGUUUGAGAGGGGUUUCCACGAGCGCGAGACGUCGAGAUGUUGUAGCUGCAGGGUUUGGCGGUAGAGGGGGUGGCGGCGGUGGCAGUGGUGGCGACGGUGACGGCAGACGUGAGGCCGCAGAAGGUGCCACGACGAGCGCAGUGGAUCCGCCGCGAACGUACGGUUUGAGAGAGGCGUCGAUUAUUUUGGAGGAGCCUGAUGUUGUUACACGACUGAGGCAGGCCCGACACGUGCCCUUAGAUCGACGCCAGGAGGGGGAGACUUCAAGGACUGACGGUCUACCUAUGGCACGCGAGUCACGCCGACGUGAUGACCUAGCAGCAACAGCCAUGAGGACAGUGAGAGGCAGGAGAGUCAUUAUGGACGACGAUCCCGACGAGCUUCCCGUCGCUCCCGAGCCUUCCGCUGGCGGACGCGGCGGCCAGCGUCAGAGAGAUCGAGGAGGUGGCAGGGGUCGGGCUCACGGAGGAGUUUCUCAUUGGUCCGAGCGAGAUCCGCGUGCGCACGACGAUCGUUGACGGAUUACGAACUUGCAUUUUCGUGACUUCCUCAUUGUACUUUAGUUUUUUGUUAUCCAUGACAGACGUACUGUCUCGUGAGGUUGUAUUAUAGUAUACUUUCCACUGGGUACUUUUAUGCGCAGACAUA